CAGCCCUACAGCAUUACGGAUAUAUAGCAAUCCAUACAUUGCACGCGGAAGAUUACGGAACCUCGGAUCGAGCUCAUACUAAACGCGCCACACCAGGCGAAGUUCGAUCUUUGACGCCGUGCUGAGUUUGACUGAAAUUCACGCCGCUAAACUUUUAGCAAACUAAGAGGCACAGUGUUGAUCUCAGUGGCUUCUGGAACCACCUUGUGCUGUGUUAUCAAGGGAGAAUUUCACUAAUGUUCUGGCGGGCUUCUCAAAUCGGAAUGAGCCGCUUUGCCGUAUAUUGGAUCAAGCCAUUCGAUUCUUUUUUUGCACGGAAGAUGCAUUCAGUGGCUUUUGUCACAUGCCCUGAUUCGUCAGUGGCUAACAAUCUGGCUUCUUUACUGGUGACCAAGCAACUAGCCGCCUGCGUGAACAUUGUGCCAUCUAUCGAAUCGGUUUACCUCUGGAAUGGAAAAUUAGAAAAAAGUUCGGAACUGCUAUUGAUAAUCAAAACUCGAUCCAGUCUCAUGGAGGAACUGAUCACAACCGUGAAAGCUAAUCAUCCAUACGAUUGUCCUGAGGUCAUAUCGUUCGAAAUACAAAACGGCUCUCCUGACUACCUAAAUUGGAUAACCAAUUCAACUUCACAGUUACCCUAUGUUUACCAUUAACAUUUUGAUUAAUUAAUAAAAAUGCCAAAUCAUGUGACUUCUUGGUCCGCUGUAAAGGCAUUGUUAUUGACAAUCCUUUUCGUCAUUCAGUAAUGGGAAGCGUACUAUCAUCU